UAAACAACGUUUAGCUCCGACCAAGAAAUUUGAUUGGACAAGAGGCGUUCAGUGUGUGCGGUUAUCAGAAUAUUUCACGUCAGACGUACAGGCUUUACAGGUGUAUCUAACAACCGUCACACUGCCUCAUAUGCCACCAACACGGAGCCGAUGUUGGAGUGAUUGUUGUUUGGUGUCUUUUGAGAACUUGCCGGCGAUUUCACCGGUUUCAAAAAUGUACGUAGGCGGAAGUAAGAGUAAAGGAAAUGUUCAUAUGUAUUACGUUUUGUUCGUUUCAUUUUGAUGUGUUUCGGAUUUGAAGUUUUUAUGAGCUUCCGAACCGAAAAAUGUUUUCAGAGUACGACUUGUUGCGGUGUCUCCACAACUGCAUGUAUCCAGUUUUGUCUCCUUAAAGACUCCCCGAAUGUGUGUCUAAGUGAGUUUAUAUUCUUUUCAUGACUUUUACCCCUGUCUGUUUAAGGAUGCCGCAAUAAAAGUGCCAAUAACCGAACUCAUGAUCUCUUCCUCUAAAAGAGGCGUGUUUCCGACGGGAAGUGAUGUUUUUCGUGACUGUUCGUGAUGUUUUCAUCGGAGUUCCGACUCGGAGAGAAAUAAUCGAACUCGCCAAUAUGCCCCGAAGAGAGGGUGGCCUAUCUGUGUCUGAAAGGGAAAUAAGUUAUUACAGUACGGUCUACUGCAAAGUUCACCAUUUCCUUCCUGAAGUAUCACUUCGAGCCAGGAGCUUCCCAGCGAGGGAGAGUGAAGAAUGGAGUUAAAGUCAAUUAAUGACUCUGUUCUGGAGUCAUGGAAGAUGAUUGGCAAAGGCGGAUUUGGGCAAGUCUAUAAGGCCAGACAUAAAACAUGGGGAAAAGAUGUAGCUGUCAAAGUGUUGCAUCAAAGUGACAGCUCGGCUUUGCAAAAGGAGGUGCAUCUGAUGUGCAAGGCAAGCAGUUUUCAUGUAGUCCAGAUCAUCGGGGAGUACAGUGGCUUUCCUCCGGGCACUAAAUCAGUUACCUCACUGCAAGGCUUGGUGAUGGAGUGCAUGGAGAGAGGAUCUUUAGAGUCCCUUCUGAAGAACCUGGAUGGACCUCCUCCGUGGCCCCUGGUUCUCCGCUUUGCACAUCACGUGGCUGUUGGCCUGAAUUAUCUCCACAGUCUCACCCCACAAAUGCUUCACCUUGACCUCAAACCUAGCAAUGUAUUGUUAGACAGCAGUCUCAACGCCAAGGUUACAGAUUUUGGCUUAGCCAGGAUUCUCAGCAGCACUUCUCUUUCCAAAAAAAGUGUAGGUGGUACAACUAACUACAUGCCCCCAGAAGCCUUCAGUUUGUCUUACAAACCCAACCCUGCUUCUGAUGUUUAUAGCUAUGCUAUACUUCUGUGUUCCAUUGUCAAAGGAGAACAGCCCUAUCCCUGCGCUGUAUCCUCCGUGGUGAGGCUUUGUAUUCCUGAAGGGGGUCGGCCUGAUCUUAAUAAACUGCCUUUCGGUAGUGAGGCAAAGGGACUGGAGGAUGUACUCUGCCUCAUAAGGAGAUGCUGGGAGGGAGAACCUCAGGAAAGGCCCAGGAUCUCUGUUUGCAUGCAAGAGACUGAAAGAUUGCUGGAGCCACUGGAAUAUGAGGUCAUCAAUGCUGUCCAUGAGGUUCUGACAUCAUUGUCUCAGACUCGUGGAAAAAGUGUGUUCCCAACACCCCUGGAUUCCCCUCCUGAGGCCACACCCCAAUGUCCCCAGCCUGUCACUACUCCCACACCAGUUUACAUGCCCAGCAAAACCGUAAAUCACGACAGAGGUGAUGGGGAGGUGAUGAAGGUCCCACCCAUGACGAGUGUCAUUCCUGCUCAGAAUUCUGAAGACUCCAAACUAAUCAAUAUCAACCAGAACAUACUUCCGAAAUACAAGAUGGAUGCAAAUCCAUGCGGUCUCUGCUUGAUCAUAAAUAAUGAGAAUUAUUUACCUGAGUCUCACCUGACAAGACGCAUUGGAUCCAGAAUCGAUUUCGAAAAACUUGUAAAGCGAUUCAGGUCCUUCAACUUCAUCGUCGAUGAUCUGUGCGAUCUGAAGGAUAAGGAAUUAAGGCAGCAAUUGUUAUCCCUUUCUAAGAAGGACCAUACGACAUAUGACUGCUGCAUUGUGGUCAUUCUGUCUCAUGGCUCUAAGUCAGGCCAACACCUCUACGGUGCUGUACAUGGAGUGGACGGGGCUACGGUUACCGUUGAGAACAUUACGAGGUUCCUCAAUGGGAAUUCCUGUCCCUCACUCCAGGGCAAGCCCAAGCUCUUCUUCAUCCAGGCCUGCACUGGAGCUGCAAUAGACAAAGGAAGUAAUGUGUCCCCUGAAGAGGCCAGCCCAUCCCUCGCUGGGGUGUAUGUGGAAACGGAUGUCAUUCCCACAUCAUCCAGCAGUGACUCCCUCAGCGCGUCAGAAGAAACAGAUGCCUGCACAUCACUGCCAGUACCCAGUGACAUCCUGGUGUCGUACUCUACUUACCCAGGGUAUGUCUCAUGGAGGGACAAGAAGAAAGGCUCCUGGUACGUGGAGACCCUGGACCAGAUCUUGGAAGAGCAUGCAGCAACAUGUGAUCUGGUUACCAUGCUGACGAUGGUCAACAACAAGGUCGCACAGAAUUCUGCUCUAGGCGUCUACAAACAGACACCGGCCUCCUUCAAUUCUCUGCGAAAACUUCUAUACUUCCAAAGUUCUUCCCAGGUCCACAGUUAGCGACCCCAUGGAAUGGCCCAGGACAUUUCUACAAUGCUGUUUUUCCUCAGUUCAAUGCAGAUAGAACCUGGAUUAUAUUUUACUGCAUCAGUAUAUUGGAGUCGGAUGUGCAGGUUUCAGUGCUGUGGUAAUCACAGAUGAAUAAGCCAUGGAAUGAUCAGUGUGAGAUACGAAUAAUGAUUGUUUAUAAAGUGCAUUUUUAACUUACAUUUUCUGAUCCAGCUGACAUAUAUUGAAAUUGUCUUGGGGGGAAGGGUAUUUUACCAGUGGCUUCAGCAUUUGUCUGGGUAUAACAAUUUUCAGUUCAUAUUGUAUAAAUGUAAUAUUUAGUGCUCUUCAUUUCACUGAAUGAGCUGCUCCAUGGACAAGUAAAAGGAUGAUUUCAGGAAACUCUUGGCUGCAGUUACUUAGAAUAGACGGCGUGUUCAGUUCCUCAGUUCUCUUUCAUUCAUGAUCCUUUUGUAACUGAAAUUUCUGUACGAUUCAUGUCUAAACCUGAACUUUGUCACAUUCACUUUAUGCACUACUGCACCUACACAUUAUAGUAGGACACGCUCUCAUGUACUGACCACUUCCUUCCUUAGGAUCUGUUUUGUACCAACUGGGCAGAUAUAUAGAUACGUUUGUACGUUUUUUUUUCCACUUUCUGUUUUAUCCCUUAUUUAAUAUUUUGAUUCUGUAUUACACUGUUGAGAGAUUA